UCACGUGUGCUAAAUUUUGAGAGAAAGAGCAGAAGGAUUAAAUCAACAGCUCAGCCGCCCGCGGGGGUGGUGCCACUCCUUCAUUUGACUGGGAAAUCAUCAGUGGUGGAUAUCAGUGGAACUUUAUUUACAAAAACACUGGGUCUUUUAUUUAUUCUCCAGCCAGUCUGAAAUGUUCACCUCAAACACCCACUCGAUGUUUUUGACACUAAUCUUUUAUUUGCUGUAAACUUUUCUCCGAGCCAUAUGAUGUCAAUGACCAAAACAAAUGAGGUUUGGCAGCAUUUUACAAUAAUCCAAAAUGUCAUGUCAUUGGGUAUAUCUGUCAAAACAUGCUAGUGUAAUGAUUUGAAAAGUCAUUGGACUUUUUAAAGCAUUAUCCAGCUAUUUUAGAAAAGUAAUGAUUAUCGAACAGAAAAUAGAGUGACACACCAGGAAAUUACUGAGUAAUGAUUAUAAGGUUGGUGGGUGGGUGGAUGGAUGGAUAAACAUAAAUACAAAAAUAAUUAGGCCUAUUAAGUCAUCAUCAUAAAAACAACAUGGCAUUUUUGCGGUAUUACUGUUAAUGGUAAUGUUGUCCUGCUUUAUAAAUUGUGUUUUUCUUCAUAUGUAAACCGUUUUAGACGAGUACUUGGAGAGAUUGGACGCAAAUCCUCAGGGAGUGAGCGGAACUACGUAUCCCAUGCUGCACUGCACAUGACCUGUCACGUGAUCCCCGUAGUGAAACAUGGCACCUGUCUAGCACUACAGGAACUGAAUUGCAAUUUGACAGAGAAAUACAAUAUCGUCGCGUCUGUUCUUAAAUAUACGAUGCAGAAAAUCAAGUCUUUGAUGGCCCGUCAGGGCCUGAAAAGUCCUCAAGAGAGUGUGGUCGACAUGAGCCCCGUGGAGAACUUCAGGAUCCCCAGCAAGGAAGAGCUGCGGGAACUAAGAGAGCAGCCCACUGAUCCCCAGGCAGAGCAGGAAAUCAUCGACAGCAUUGAGGAAGUGUACUUUUCCAGCGACUCCUUCGACAUGGUGCAAUACGAGCUUGAGAAACUACCUCCCGAUCUGAACCUCCAUGAACUCGAAGAAUACAGAGAUAAGCUGAAGAGACAACAAGCAGCCGUGUCUAAAAGAGUGGCAGACCUUAUUCUGGAGAAACAGCCUUCAUAUGUUAAGGAGCUUGAGAGAGUGACGUCUCUUCAGACCAAUCUGCAGCUGGCUGCCGUAAUCUGCACAAAUGCACGAAGGCAGCUUCGCUCUUCUAAAGAGGGCUUUACUGAAGCCAGUCUGGGGCUUCUGGCCAAUCAGAAACGCCGACAGCUGUUGACAGGAUUGCUGAAAUCUUUGAGGACCAUAAAGACUCUACAAAGAACUGAUGUUAGACUCAGUGAGAUGCUGGAGGAGGAGGAUUAUCCAGGAGCCAUCCAGUUGUGUUUAGAAUGCCAGAAAGCCGCCAGCACUUUCAAACACUACAACUGUAUAAGUGAGUUGAAUUCCAAACUGCAAGACACCUUGGAGCAAAUAGAGGAACAGCUAGAUGUGGCUCUGUCCAAAACCUGCAAGCACUUUGAUGUCUCUCACUACACCAAAGUUCAACUGGCGUAUAAGCUUCUGGGCAAAACACAGACGGCCAUGGACCAGCUGCACAUGCACUUCACACAAGCCAUCCACAACACCGUCUUCCAGGUGGUUCUGGGAUACGUGGAGCUGUGCGCUGGCAAUGCCGACACCAAGUUUCAGAAGAUGCAGUACAAGGAUCUUUGCACGCACAUUACCCCAGACAGCUACAUCCCCUGCCUAACAGACCUCUGCAAGGCAUUGUGGGAGGUGAUGCUCAGUUACCACCUAACCAUUCUGUGGCACGAUGAACACUACAAAGAAGAGGAGGCAGUUCCUGCAGCAGAUGACUCCACCGUGGGCCGCAGUUACGUGAAAAAGAAGCUGGAGCAUGGCUUAACCCGAAUCUGGCAGGACGUCCAAUUGAAAGUGAAAGCCUAUUUGCUGGGAACAGACAUGUCCAACUUCAAGUACGACGACUUCAUUGUGGUGCUGGAUGUUAUCAGCAGGUUAAUGCAGGUGGGAGAGGAGUUCUGCGGAAGCAAGUCGGAGGUAUUGCAGGAGUCCAUUAAGAGACAGAGCGUAAACUACUUUAAGAACUACCACAGAACCCGCCUGGAGGAGCUGCGAAUGUUUCUUGAAAACGAAACGUGGGAGCUGUGCCCUGUGAAGUCCAAUUUUAGUAUCGCACAGCUUCACGAGUUUAAGUUCAUGGGUCAGUGUCGGUCUCCCUCAGUAUCUCCCAGCCGACAGUCAGAAUCCAUCGAGCCUGUGGAUCUUUCUCUCUUUGAGCAGUACCUACAGGGUGGAAACCCAUUUGAGAUGCAGAUAGAUAAUAAGGAAGAAGAAACAGAGGAUGUCCUGGCUUCCAAUGGGUAUGAGUCAGAUGAGCUGGAGAAGUGCGUGUAUCAGGACUACGACAGCGAUAGUGACGUAGCCGAUGAGCUGAAGCAGGACUACGUGGAUGAACAAACAGGAGAUGUGCCUGUAAAGAGCGUGUCCAGAGAGACCCUCCGCAGCCAGAAGAGAUCCGACUACAAUCUCAACAGAGCCAAUGCCCCCAUUCUUACCAACACCACCCUCAACGUGAUUCGUCUGGUCGGUAAAUACAUGCAGAUGAUGAAUAUUCUGAAGCCCAUCGCCUUUGAUGUCAUCCACUGUGUCUCUCAGCUCUUUGAUUAUUACCUUUAUGUCGUCUACACCUUCUUCGGCCGCAAUGACAUGAACAUGCCAUCUGCAUCUCUGCCUUCUCAAGGCUCUCAGGCUGGGUUGUCCAGACAGACAGCCCCUGUCUAUUGGUACGAAUCUUCUGGGCUGGGUCUGAUCAGCAGCAGACUGAGGACUACUCUCAGCAGAAUCCAGGAGAGCCUUAUAGAUAUGGAGGCUGGAGGAGAAACUGCAGGUCCUCAUGCACCUAAUGAGGAAAGGAAGGAGAAGGUCCCCAGUCCUCACCUCAGUCAGCUGGUGGUCCUCAUGGCUAGUGAAACGCUCUACGGUUUGGCAGAGAGAGUCGUCGCCACUGAAUCGCUAGUUUUUCUGGCAGAGCAGUUUGAGCUUCUUCAGCCCCAUCUCGACACUAUGAUGCCUUCAGCCAAGAAGCCUUUCCUCCAGCAGUUCUACUCACAGACUGUAUCUACAGCCAGUGAACUCCGCAAGCCCAUUUACUGGAUAGUGGCAGCCAAAGCCAUAGAUUACGAACAGAUGCUUUUGCUGAUGGUGGGAGUGAAAUGGGACAUUAAAGAGAUAAUGUCACAGCACAAUGUCUACGUGGAUGUCCUUUUAAAGGAGUUCGAGAAAUUCAACCAGAAGCUUGGAGAUGUUUCGAAAAUAGUUCGGAUUCCCCUGCCAGUUUCCAAUGUCUUAUGGGAGCACUGCAUCCGUCUGGCCAACAGGACAUUAGUGGAGGGCUACGCUAACGUGAAGAAAUGCAGUAAUGAAGGACGAGCGCUAAUGCAGUUGGACUUCCAGCAGUUUCUGAUGAAGCUGGAGAAGCUCACAGACCUCAGGCCAAUUCCUGACAAGGAGUUUGUGGAGACCUACAUCAAAGCGUACUACCUAACUGAAAAUGACAUGGAGCAGUUCAUCAAGAACCACAGGGAAUACUCAAUGAAGCAGCUGACCAACCUGGUCAACGUCUGCCUCGGGUCCCACAUCAACAAGAAGGCGAGACAGAAGCUCCUCGCAGCUAUCGAUGACAUUGACCGACCAAAAAGAUAAAUAUUGACCAUCUACUCCAAGCUCUACAGAAUCAUCAUGGAAAUCCCAUACACACACUCUUACUGGUACACAGGAUCCAUAGCAUCACACAGCUCAUGUUUUGUUUACCAACCGUCUGCUGUUUAUAUUUCAUAAGGAGUGUAAGCAGGACGUGCUGUGACUAUACGAGGGCUGUGAAUGGUAGUAAUAGACAGUAUGUAAUGAAAGUGUUACCCUUUUCAUUUGAAUGACAACAAUAAUGACUUGACUCAUGAACUGUCAUACAGUACAGUAACUUCAUAGCGGUUUCUAUAGCAAAGUCCGUAUUUGCUUAUUUUCUAAUGGAAUGUAUAGCAUGAGUAUCACUUUUUAGCAUUAAAAGUGACAUCAUCGCUGCGGGUCUCUGGUAUUUUAAAGAGAAAGCAUGUACUUCCUGUUUUGACAGGCUGCUGUUGCUUAUAGCUAUGUCACGGAUCUCGCCCUGUUACACAAGCACAUCAGACAGCGCUUUACCUUGCAACUUAUUUCUUUACCAUUGAUUUUAUAUGACACUUGCCGGUUGAUCCCAGAGACAUAUUGUAGUAUUGUUGUCGAAACCUUUGUGCAGGGAAGUGUUUACUUGUUUGUCCGUAAUAUUAAUAGUAACACUUGAAAAACAACUCUAUAUACAUUUCUGUUAAAAGUGAUGCAUUGUGCUGUGAUGGGCUAUUUAUUUCAGUGACUUUAUAUCGCUCGCUGAUAUAUGUUGCUUUGUGUUGUGCCGUUUUCAGAAAUAUGACGAAAUUGUGUAAUAAUAUUCAGCUGUACCUAGAUGAAGGAAAGAUGGAGAAAUAAAUACACUAACAUUCUUAUUUGAAUGAAUGAUGGUGGUUUUGACAUUUUUUGUGCUCUGAUGGUGUUCCACCCACCUCUCUUUUUUCCUUUGAUAUUCUUUGCUGGAUAAAACAGAGAACUGUAUUUUGAUGUACAAGCAUGCUGAAGCCUCAUAGGUAGCAUGGCUGAUCCUCAGCUCUAUUCUCAGUGGAUUUUUUUUAAAUGAAGUUGCCGGUCUGAGUCCCUGAACAUGCUUCUGUUUGUCAUUCUAAUCUUGCUGUUAGACUCGAGCGCAGGGCCGGAUGUCCCUUAGGACACCUCAUAGCGCAGAGU